UCGAGGCCUGCACGCAGUAGCCCAACCAAGACGGACGGCUGGCGCGGCGGACCACCCUCCUGUUCCUCCCUCCUCCCGUCCCCGUCCCAGCAUGUCGAUCGCGGUGGCGCCGGAGGUCGCGGCCGCCCUCGCGCGCGGCGGCGCGGUCGUCGCCCUCGAGUCCACCAUCAUCUGCCACGGCAUGCCGUACCCCAAGAAUCUCCAGACCGCCGUGGAGGUGGAGGCCGUCGUCAGGGACGGUGGUGCUAUCCCUGCCACCAUAGCCAUCCUGGAUGGAGUCCCACAUGUUGGCCUCAGCAGUGAACAGUUAAAGAGAAUGGCUAUUAGUGGAAGACAAUUUCAGAAGACUGCUAGAAGGGAUAUUGCGCACGUCGUUGCAUCUGGUGGCAACGGUGCAACAACAGUUUCUGCCACUAUGUUCUUUGCUCACAAGGUUGGCAUACCAAUUUUUGUAACUGGGGGAAUAGGAGGCGUGCAUAGACAUGGCGAACAAACUAUGGACAUCUCCUCAGACUUAACUGAACUUGGAAAGACUCCUGUGGCUGUUAUAUCAGCGGGCGUGAAGUCCAUUUUGGACAUACCAAGGACACUUGAAUACCUGGAAACUCAAGGGGUCACUGUUGCUGCUUACAGAACCAAUGAAUUUCCUUCUUUCUUCACAGAGAUUAGUGGAUGUCAGAAUGCCUACAUACGCACUUGGGCUCUAUUUGGAACAUGGGGUACUUUUCCAGUGGAGUUGAAAUCGUUCCUUGUACCAUGUCGUGUUGAUUCUCCAGAAGAAUGCGCCAAAAUAAUACAUGCGAACAAGAACCUGGAUCUAGGUUCUGGGAUCCUUAUCGCAGUGCCGAUUCCCACGCAGGAUGCGGCUUCAGGGAACCUUAUAGAGUCUGCAAUACAGAAAGCUCUAAAGGAGGCAGAGGAAAAAAGGAUAAUAGGAAAUGCGAUCACUCCUUUCAUGCUUGAAAGAGUAAAAGAACUAACUGGAGGAUCUUCCUUGGAAGCCAAUAUUGCACUUGUUAAGAACAAUGCCCGUCUUGGUGCAGAAAUUGCUGUUGCCCUUUCUAAUCUUCAGAAGAAAGGAAAAAACAGAAUGGGGAGAUCGGCAUUGUAGAGCCAUGCUUGCGGGCCCUGGCGAAAGACUUUGUACGCCACUCGGAUGUCUACCCGUUGGUUCAAAAGUGGAUGAUCCUGUUCAGCAGGCACACAUGAUGUUUUUGAUAGCAGGCUUAGCUGCUGCUUCCUGCAGUGUACUGGACAGCACAGGAGGAUAAAUUUUAUACCAGUCUUUAUUGUGUUAUAGUGGCAAGAAUGCCAACGUAGUAAGGUGUGGAGUCGGGACAAUCCAUGUACAAUGCUAGAAUGCUACUCCCCUUUGUGGUUUUCUCUUCUCUGGAUUCUACUCUGAAUUUGGUGGUCCGAUGACCGGAGGAGA